CUUGUAAUUUUACCUUCCUCUACCCCAACACCAAGCAUAUCCUUAGCCCUCUUUUUUUUCCAAUCAAAUCAAGAGAAUAAAGCCCAUUCUAGUAAUGGACCGAAAAACGUAGAAAGCCCACUUUAGACGUUUGCAUUCGAUUCUCAGGUUCUGUCCGGCACCAAAUAAUCCCGAACCCAAAACAAAAACAGUAACUGGCUAACUGCGAAACGCAAGCCGAAGCCGCCACUUUUGUCCACCCUGCUUAAGCAUCCAAUCUGCGACAUAGAGACGGUCAUGGAAUCGAGUUCCAAGGGAGAAGACGAAGUCGGAGGAUACAACAGCAGCAACGUUAAAAAAGCCAAGCUGCAGUCAACUCUCGCUGCUCUCCUCGACGACCCUAUACUCUCUGAUGUCCCCAAGAAACCCACUUUAUCUGAUGUUGACACCCUUAUCAGCCUUGAAAUGGGUAGUGCCAUGCGCAUAUCGGUUCAAAAACUUGACGGAACCUCCUUUGAUGUGGCAUUGAUGAAUUCGGCUACGGUGAAGGAUUUGAAGCUUGCAAUUAAGAGGAAACUGAUCGAGAUGGAGCAAUCCAAGAUGGGUCAUCGUCAUAUUUCAUGGAAGAAAGUGUGGGCUAAUUUUGCUCUCUCGUAUCAUAAUCAAAAGCUCCUCGAUGACAACUCUGCACUUCAGGAUUCUGGCAUACGAAAUAAUUCUCAGGUGCAUUUUGCGUCCUAUGUCAUGUCAAAGGAUUCUCAAAGGCAUUCUAAGCGGAGAAAGCACCGAUUCUUUCAUGGCCUUAACAAGCGUGCUUAAGCACUCCAUUGUAUUGCUUGAUCUCAUGAUUCUGUACAGCUCCUAAGUAAACCUUCUUUAUAGGUAUUUUUACAGGAUUUAUAGAAAAAUUCUUCUCUUUUGAAUGCUACAUUCAGAUUAGUUCUAGACUUCUCAAUUGGCUGCAGCAGCAGGCUUUUUUUUUUUUUUUUUUGGGGGGGGGGGGUUUGCAAGAUUCUUUAGCUCAGAGGGGGUAAUAGCAUGGGUGUGUUUUUCAAUUUUUUCCCCAAAGAUUAUAUUCAAUGCAAUGGUUCAGUGUCAAUUCUAAGAUGGAAUCUACAGAUAAUUGGGUUUCGAACCCUAGAAUUAAUCAAGUCUUCAACACAAAACCUGUUGUCAAAUGAAGUUGAUUAGCAUGCAUCCACAGAGCAAAUAAUUCAAGAAAAUACCAUGAAGAGAAAGUAAGGCCAAUUAAAGAUUUAACUCUUGUUUUCUUUCUGUAAUAGAGCAUCUGCCUUAUUGUGUCUGCCAAAUAUUGUUUCAGCUGGAAACAAUUGUCUUAUCUCUUGUCUAUGCCUUUUCCUUGCCAUAAUUGUUUUCUCAUUAUUUUCAGUAUUGUUAGGUCAGCUAGUGUGUGCGGAGACCGAGCUAGCACAUUUAUUUUGCUAUAGGGAGUCCAUUUUCGGUCCAUGCAGUGUAUCCCCCAGCAACAUCGGUUACAUGAUUAAAACCCUGCAGAAGCAAUUUCAAUGCUAUCAAACAUCAGGUUUUCCGCAUCUAAGAAGUAUGCUAGAAAAAAGUAGCUGUUCAUCAUCACUGUAGGCUACCAGACACGGGAAGAAGCUCAACAUGAAGGUUUAAGGCUUGACCGUAUGCGUUUCCUGUAGGUCACUCACCAAAUUCAUUGGUAUUUUAGUAUCUUCUUGGACCAAAAGCAUGCCUAUUGUAAGUUAUGGUCGACAGAAAAUUAUUGUCCAAAAGUUCGGUAUUGGUUUGCUUUAGGUUGUUCUUGAAGAUCUUUUUGAAAGCAAUACAAUUGUGUGACUCUACAUUUUCCAGCAAAACAACAA